AUGGCUAUUAAAAAUACCAGAAGAGCAGAGUGUGCUAUGCUGAGAUCUGAUGUACCUACCCAGCAGUACGGGAAAUCUAGAAAUGUAGAGAACUUGACAGAGGGUUGGCUAGUGGAUCUUCUCAACAAAUUCGGCACUUUAAAUGGGUUCCAGAUUUUGCAUGAUCGUUUUAUUAAUGGAACAGCGUUAAAUGUUCAAAUAAUUGCAGCCCUUAUUAAACCAUUUGGACAGUGCUAUGAGUUUCUCACUCUUCAUACCGUGAAGAAGUACUUUCUUCCGGUUAUAGAAAUGGUUCCACAGUUUUUGGAAAACUUAACUGAUGAAGAACUGAAAAAAGAAGCAAAGAAUGAAGCCAAAAAUGAUGCCCUUUCCAUGAUUAUUAAAUCUUUGAAGAAUUUAGCUUCACGGGUUCCAGGACAAGAAGAAACUGUAAAAAAUUUAGAAAUAUUUAGGUUAAAAAUGAUACUUAGAUUAUUGCAAAUUUCUUCUUUCAAUGGAAAGAUGAAUGCACUGAAUGAAGUUAAUAAGGUGAUAUCUAGUGUAUCAUACUAUACUCAUCGGCAUGGUAACCCUGAGGAGGAAGAGUGGCUCACAGCUGAAAGAAUGGCAACUUCAUCGCCUGAUUCUUCCAAUGAAAAUUCCCCGGCAACUCCCCCAGAUGAACAAGGUCAAGGUGAUGCUCCACCACAGGUUGAAGAUGAGGAACCUGCAUUUCCACAUACUGACCUGGCAAAGUUGGAUGACAUGAUCAAUAGGCCUCGAUGGGUGGUUCCAGUUUUGCCGAAAGGGGAAUUAGAAGUGCUUUUAGAAGCUGCUAUUGACCUUAGUAAAAAAGGUCUUGAUGUUAAAAGUGAAGCAUGUCAGCGAUUUUUUCGAGAUGGGCUAACAAUAUCAUUCACUAAAAUCCUUACAGAUGAGGCAGUGAGUGGCUGGAAGUUUGAAAUUCAUAGAUGUAUUAUCAACAAUACUCAUCGCCUGGUGGAGCUAUGUGUGGCCAAGUUGUCCCAAGACUGGUUUCCACUUCUAGAACUUCUCUCCAUGGCCUUAAAUCCUCAUUGCAAAUUCCAUAUCUACAAUGGUACACGUCCUUGUGAAUCUGUUUCCUCAAGUGUUCAGUUGCCUGAAGAUGAGCUCUUUGCUCGUUCACCAGAUCCUCGAUCACCAAAAGUGUGUUGGUUUGUUAUUUUCAAAAUUAAAUAUUACAGUUGUUUUGCUGAAUGGAUUCAGCAGAACAACAUUUUAUCCAUAGUUUUGCGAGAUAGUCUUCAUCAACCACAGUAUGUAGAAAAGCUAGAGAAGAUUCUUCGUUUUGUCAUCAAAGAAAAAGCUCUGACCUUACAAGAUCUUGAUAAUAUCUGGGCGGCACAGGCGGGAAAGCAUGAAGCCAUUGUGAAGAAUGUACAUGACCUAUUGGCAAAGUUGGCAUGGGAUUUCUCUCCUGAACAACUUGAUCAUCUUUUCGAUUGUUUUAAGGCCAGUUGGACAAAUGCAAGUAAAAAGCAACGUGAAAAGCUGCUUGAGCUGAUACGUCGUCUUGCAGAAGAUGAUAAAGAUGGUGUGAUGGCACACAAAGUGUUGAACCUCCUGUGGAAUCUUGCCCACAGUGAUGAUGUGCCUGUAGACAUCAUGGACCUGGCUCUCAGUGCCCACAUAAAAAUACUAGAUUAUAGUUGCUCCCAGGACCGUGACACACAGAAGAUCCAGUGGAUAGAUCGCUUUAUAGAAGAACUUCGUACAAAUGACAAAUGGGUCAUUCCCGCACUGAAACAAAUUAGAGAAAUUUGUAGUUUGUUUGGUGAAGCACCUCAAAAUUUGAGUCAAACUCAGCGAAGUCCCCAUGUAUUUUAUCGCCAUGACUUAAUCAAUCAACUUCAGCACAAUCAUGCCCUAGUUACUUUGGUAGCAGAAAACCUUGCAACUUACAUGGAAAGCAUGAGACUGUAUGCUAGAGACCAUGAAGACUAUGACCCACAAACUGUGAGGCUGGGAAGUAGAUACAGUCAUGUUCAAGAAGUCCAAGAACGGCUUAACUUCCUUAGGUUUGGCAGACAGGUUGAUGACUUGGAUGUAUGGUCUCAUACAAAUGAUACAAUCGGUUCAGUACGACGAUGUAUUCUCAAUCGUAUUAAAGCCAAUGUAGCCCAUACAAAAAUUGAGCUCUUUGUGGGCGGUGAACUGAUAGAUCCUGCAGAUGAUAGAAAGUUGAUUGGACAAUUAAACUUAAAAGAUAAAUCGGUUGUCAUUCAGAGUAAUGAUGAUAUUGCCAGCAGAGCUAUAGAUCUCCUUAAAGAAAUAUACACAAACCUUGGUCCAAGGCUACAGGUCAAUCAGGUGGUGAUCCAUGAAGACUUUAUUCAGUCUUGCUUUGAUCGUUUGAAAGCCUCCUAUGACACGUUGUGUGUUUUGGAUGGAGACAAAGACAGUAUUAAUUGUGCAAGACAGGAAGCUGUUCGAAUGGUUCGAGUAUUAACUGUGUUAAGGGAGUAUAUAAAUGAAUGUGACAGCGAUUAUCAUGAGGAAAGAACAAUUCUACCUAUGUCAAGGGCAUCACCAGGAGUAUAUCAUUUUCAGCUAAUUACAGCCAAACUUACACAAAUAAGUUCCAAUAUGCCUUCAAGCCCAGAUAGCUCUUCUGAUUCCUCAACUGGCUCUCCUGGAAACCAUGGUAAUCAUUACAGUGAUGGUCCCAAUCCAGAAGUGGAAAGCUGUUUGCCUGGGGUGAUAAUGUCACUGCAUCCCAGAUACAUCUCUUUCCUUUGGCAAGUUGCAGACUUAGGUAGCAGCCUAAAUAUGCCAUCUCUCAGAGAUGGAGCAAGAGUACUUAUGAAGCUUAUGCCACCAGAUAGCACAACAAUAGAGAAAUUAAGAGCUAUUUGUUUAGACCACGCCAAACUUGGAGAAAGCAGCCUUAGUCCAUCUCUCGACUCGCUUUUCUUUGGUCCUUCAGCCUCACAAGUGCUAUACCUAACAGAGGUGGUCUAUGCCCUGUUAAUGCCUGCUGGAGCACCUCUGGCCGAUGAUUCUUCUGAUUUUCAGUUUCACUUCUUGAAAAGUGGUGGCCUACCCCUUGUCCUGAGUAUGUUAACCAGAAAUAACUUCCUACCAAAUGCAGAUAUGGAAACUCGAAGGGGUGCCUACCUCAAUGCUCUUAAAAUAGCCAAACUGUUGCUAACUGCCAUUGGCUAUGGCCACGUUCGAGCUGUGGCAGAAGCUUUUCAGCCAGGUGUGGAAGGCGUGAAUCCUAUGACAUCGGUCAACCAAGUUACUCAUGAUCAAGCAGUGGUGCUACAGAGUGCCCUUCAGAGCAUUCCUAAUCCAUCAUCCGAAUGCAUGCUUAGAAAUGUGUCAAUUCGUCUUGCUCAGCAAAUAUCUGAUGAGGCUUCAAGAUAUAUGCCUGAUAUUUGUGUAAUUAGAGCUAUACAAAAAAUUAUCUGGGCAUCUGGAUGUGGAGCAUUGCAGCUAGUAUUUAGCCCAAAUGAAGAAAUCACUAAAAUUUAUGAGAAGACCAAUGCAGGCAAUGAGCUGGACUUGGAAGAUGAACAGGUUUGCUGUGAAGCAUUGGAAGUGAUGACGUUAUGUUUUGCCUUGAUUCCGACAGCCUUAGAUGCUCUUAGUAAAGAAAAGGCUUGGCAGACUUUCAUCAUUGACUUACUGUUGCAUUGUCACAGCAAAACUGUUCGCCAGGUGGCACAGGAGCAGUUCUUUUUAAUGUGCACCAGAUGUUGCAUGGGACACAGGCCUCUACUUUUCUUCAUUACUCUGCUCUUUACCGUUUUGGGGAGCACAGCCAGAGAGAGAGCUAAACAUUCAGGCGACUACUUCACUCUCUUAAGGCACCUUCUUAAUUAUGCUUACAAUAGUAAUAUUAAUAUACCCAAUGCUGAAGUUCUUCUCAAUAAUGAAAUUGAUUGGCUUAAAAGAAUUAGGGAUGAUGUUAAAAGAACAGGUGAAACAGGUGUUGAAGAGACGAUCUUGGAAGGCCACCUUGGGGUAACAAAAGAGUUAUUGGCCUUUCAAACCCCUGAGAAAAAGUAUCAUAUUGGUUGUGAAAAGGGAGGCGCUAAUCUCAUCAAAGAAUUAAUUGAUGAUUUCAUCUUCCCUGCAUCCAAUGUUUACCUGCAGUAUAUGAGAAAUGGAGAACUGCCAGCUGAACAGGCUAUUCCAGUGUGUGGUUCACCGGCUACCAUUAAUGCUGGUUUUGAAUUACUUGUAGCAUUAGCUGUUGGCUGUGUGAGGAAUCUCAAACAGAUAGUAGAUUCUUUGACUGAAAUGUACUACAUUGGCACAGCAAUAACUACGUGUGAAGCACUUACUGAGUGGGAAUAUCUGCCACCAGUUGGACCCCGCCCACCAAAAGGUUUUGUGGGGCUGAAAAAUGCCGGUGCUACUUGUUACAUGAAUUCUGUGAUUCAGCAACUCUACAUGAUUCCGUCCAUCCGGAAUGGUAUUCUUGCAAUUGAAGGCACAGGUAGUGAUGUUGAUGAUGAUAUGUCUGGGGAUGAGAAGCAGGACAACGAGAGCAAUGUUGAUCCCAGAGAUGAUGUAUUUGGAUAUCCUCAACAAUUUGAAGACAAACCUGCAUUAAGUAAAACAGAAGAUAGGAAAGAGUACAAUAUUGGUGUUUUAAGACACCUUCAGGUCAUCUUCGGUCAUUUAGCUGCUUCUCGACUGCAGUAUUAUGUGCCCAGAGGAUUUUGGAAACAGUUCAGGCUUUGGGGUGAGCCUGUUAAUCUACGUGAACAACAUGAUGCUUUAGAAUUUUUUAAUUCACUGGUGGAUAGUUUAGAUGAAGCUUUGAAAGCCUUAGGACAUCCAGCUAUGCUAAGUAAAGUUUUAGGAGGUUCCUUUGCUGAUCAGAAGAUUUGCCAAGGCUGCCCACAUAGAUACGAGUGCGAAGAAUCUUUUACGACUUUGAAUGUAGACAUUAGAAAUCACCAAAAUCUUCUUGAUUCUUUGGAGCAAUAUGUCAAAGGAGAUUUAUUAGAAGGUGCAAAUGCAUAUCAUUGUGAAAAAUGCAAUAAAAAGGUUGAUACCGUAAAGCGCUUGCUAAUUAAAAAAUUACCUCCUGUUCUUGCUAUUCAAUUAAAACGAUUCGACUAUGACUGGGAAAGAGAAUGUGCAAUCAAGUUCAAUGAUUAUUUUGAAUUUCCUCGAGAGCUGGACAUGGAACCUUACACAGUUGCAGGUGUUGCAAAGCUGGAAGGAGAUAAUGUAAACCCAGAGAGUCAGUUGAUACAACAGAAUGAGCAGUGUGAAAGUGAGACAGCUGGAAGCACGAAAUACAGACUUGUGGGUGUGCUUGUACACAGUGGUCAAGCAAGUGGGGGACAUUAUUAUUCUUAUAUCAUUCAAAGGAAUGGUGGAGAUGGUGAGAGAAAUCGCUGGUAUAAAUUUGAUGAUGGAGAUGUAACAGAGUGUAAAAUGGAUGAUGAUGAAGAAAUGAAAAACCAGUGUUUCGGUGGAGAGUACAUGGGAGAAGUGUUUGAUCACAUGAUGAAGCGCAUGUCAUACAGGCGCCAGAAAAGGUGGUGGAAUGCUUACAUACUUUUUUAUGAGCGGUUGGACACAAUAGACCAAGGUGAUGAGCUGAUAAGAUAUAUAUCAGAGCUUUCUGUCACCACAAGACCCCAUCAGAUUAUUAUGCCAUCAGCCAUUGAGAGAAGUGUACGGAAACAAAAUGUACAAUUCAUGCAUAACCGAAUGCAGUACAGUUUGGAAUACUUUCAAUUUAUGAAAAAACUGCUUACAUGUAAUGGUGUUUACUUAAAUCCUCCUCCAGGACAAGAUCACCUGUUGCCUGAAGCAGAAGAAAUCACUAUGAUUAGUAUUCAGCUUGCUGCUAGGUUCCUCUUUACCACAGGAUUUCACACCAAGAAAAUAGUCCGUGGCUCUGCCAGUGAUUGGUAUGAUGCAUUGUGUAUUCUCCUUCGUCACAGCAAGAAUGUACGUUUUUGGUUUGCUCAUAAUGUCCUUUUUAAUGUUUCAAAUCGCUUUUCUGAAUACCUUCUGGAGUGCCCUAGUGCAGAAGUGAGGGGUGCAUUUGCAAAACUUAUAGUUUUUAUUGCACAUUUUUCCUUGCAAGAUGGGCCAUGUCCUUCACCUUUUGCAUCUCCUGGACCUUCUAGUCAGGCUUAUGACAACUUAAGCCUGAGCGAUCACUUACUAAGAGCUGUACUAAAUCUCUUGAGAAGGGAAGUUUCAGAACAUGGACGUCAUUUACAACAGUAUUUCAACCUGUUUGUAAUGUAUGCCAAUUUAGGUGUGGCAGAGAAGACACAGCUUCUGAAAUUGAGUGUACCUGCCACCUUCAUGCUUGUGUCUUUAGAUGAAGGCCCAGGUCCUCCAAUCAAGUAUCAGUAUGCUGAAUUAGGCAAAUUAUACUCUGUAGUAUCACAGCUGAUCCGCUGUUGCAAUGUCUCUUCAAGAAUGCAGUCUUCAAUCAAUGGUAAUCCUCCGCUUCCCAAUCCUUUUGGCGAUCCUAAUUUAUCACAACCUAUAAUGCCGAUUCAGCAGAAUGUGGCAGACAUUUUAUUUGUGAGAACAAGUUAUGUGAAGAAAAUCAUUGAGGACUGCAGUAACUCAGAGGAAACUGUCAAAUUGCUUCGUUUUUGCUGCUGGGAGAAUCCUCAGUUCUCAUCUACUGUCCUCAGUGAACUUCUCUGGCAGGUUGCAUAUUCCUAUACUUAUGAACUCCGGCCCUAUUUGGAUCUGCUUUUGCAAAUCUUACUGAUUGAGGACUCCUGGCAGACUCACAGAAUUCAUAAUGCCCUUAAAGGAAUCCCAGAUGAUCGAGAUGGACUAUUUGACACAAUCCAGCGCUCUAAGAAUCACUAUCAAAAAAGAGCAUACCAAUGUAUAAAAUGUAUGGUAGCUCUCUUUAGCAAUUGUCCUGUUGCUUACCAGAUUCUGCAGGGUAAUGGAGAUCUUAAAAGAAAGUGGACCUGGGCGGUGGAAUGGCUUGGAGAUGAACUUGAAAGACGACCAUACACUGGCAAUCCUCAAUACACUUACAACAAUUGGUCUCCUCCGGUGCAAAGCAAUGAAACAUCAAAUGGUUAUUUCUUGGAGAGAUCACACAGUGCUAGGAUGACACUUGCAAAAGCUUGUGAACUCUGUCCAGAGGAGGAGCCAGAUGACCAAGAUGCCCCAGAUGAGCAUGAGUCACCUCCACCUGAAGAUGCCCCAUUAUAUCCCCAUUCACCUGGAUCUCAGUAUCAGCAGAAUAACCAUGUGCAUGGACAGCCGUAUACAGGCCCAGCAGCACAUCACAUGAACAACCCUCAGAGAACUGGCCAACGAGCACAAGAAAAUUAUGAAGGCAGUGAAGAAAUAUCCCCACCUCAGACUAAGGAUCAGUGAAAUAAAUGCACAUAACGAACUGGUUCCAUCAAGACUGUGCACCCAGGCCUUACAGUCCAACCUUUUUCUGUGUCUGGCUAAUAUUUAAAACUAGAAAAACUAUUCCUAAUCAACAUGGAGUGGAGAGUUUUAUUCACUGUCUUAUCUGCAGAAAUUUGCUGUCAAUAUAUAACCCGCCUGCAGUGGAAAGUGUAUAGUGUUUUGUAAUAAAUGGCCUGAUGCUAAUGUGUAAAUGGCAAAGGUGUAUAUAGUAUAUUAAUGUUUGACUGUUAAUUCUGAAGCAAGAAACUUUUUUCUUGAUGAGACUCACAGAUCUUCAAAAACUACAAAAGUUAAUUUUCUUGUUAAACCCAUUGCAUUCUGCAGCCAGUGUUGCCUGCCUCUUGGCAGUUGGAUUCAACUUCUUUACAAAAACAAAAAAUAAACCAACAGCAACAAAACAGAGCCCAUCCAUGUCAACCAUACCAAUAGUUUCAUGUUAAUUCUUUGCCACUGGAGUCAGUUUUAUUAUGAGCAAUGUAAGGCUGGUAACCUUUAAAUUAUUUGGUUGAUGUGGAAAAUUGGUGAUGUAACAUUGUUUCUAGAUCUUUUUCAUUGCCUUUUUAUUCUGAUGUUAGGUUAAUCAUUUUGAAGCUAUAGUUAUGCUGUAACAUUUAGCAUGGCUUCACACCAGGUUAGUGUAGCCAAUGAGGAAAAAAAAUUACAUAAUGACAGCAGUUGUCCCAGUGUGACAGCUGUAUUGCUCAGAGCUUUUUCCUUCUUACACCUAGAAUAUAAAAUAGAAAACAAGGGGAGAAAUGUGACAACAGGCGGUUUUCAGUUAGUUACACAUAUGUUGCUUACAUCUAAUGUUGGACAGUUCAAUCUCUGGGUGGGAUAAAGAAACUUAAGUAUCAAUAAUGGGAAUUUUAAAAGAUUUAAAACAAAUAUGCAAACAUUUGCUAUGCCAGGAUAUUUGAAGCAUAAUAGAAGACUGUAUUUGGUGUGCUUGUUUUGUUUCUUUGGUAGAGCUUAUUAGGUGAAUCUUCUAAAACUUUCCUUCUGCUGUCAAAGUGGAAGUCCUCAAGAAUCCCACGGGACUUGGUGUACCACUGCACCAAGAUGUCUGACUGAGUUUCUGCUCGGUCACAAUUUUACUUGAAAGCAAGAAUUGUCCUAGUUCCUUUUCCAUUAUUCCAAAAAUUUUAACAUUCGAAGCAGGGUCUAAUUAAAAAGGAAACUACUGGUUAGUUAAUAUAAUUGAGGUAUGUAUUUCAGAAUAAACAUUUAAUUAACGAUAAAGAACUCAUCAGUUAAUACUGUAUAACAGAAUUGGUAACUUGAAUGUGUGUGAUUUUUUUUUUUGAACCUGUCUAAAAACCAAAUACUCCUGCAAACAAAUACAGCCCACCCUAUUCUAUUUAAAUAUUUUGCUGUUUUAUUUUAUAGAAAUUAUUUUGCUGAAUUCACAAAUAGAAUUUGAUUUAAGAAGAACUUUUUGUCCUGUGGUGUGUUUUUUGGUUUUUUGGUCACUUUUUUGUCCUUUUUUUCCUGAAGGACUGCAUAUUAAAAAUUAAUUCUGUGCAUAACAUGCCUAGGCAUGACACUGAAUUCAGGAGUUCAGUCACAUUGAUUAUUGAGUUUUUGUGCACAGAAAGAUUUGACCUUCGGCCCUUUACUAAAGAUUUAGAGAAAACAGGAUGUUGACACUGUAAAAGUUUCCUAACAUAAUCAAUCUUGUACUUUUUGUAUGUUUUUUAUAUACAUGUAUAUUUAAUGAGCACAAGCUUGGUUGUAUUUUUUACAAUUCAGUUAUUAGGAAAAUGUUUUGUCAAAAAGGUUACAGUUGGAACUGAACAAAGCAGAAACAAAAUUAAGAAUUGCAUUAUUUUGUGAUUAAAGGGGGCAGGUAUUUAAGAUAAAGCUCUGGGUAUCUUAUUCGCAGUACUCUAUAGUCAAUCUAUGCUUCUAGGUUUUCUGUAAUAGGAAAUUUUGACACCAGAUAGAUCCUGUUUUUUUACCUUAAGUAUAUUACAUCUGAAUUUGUUAAGUUUGACUUAAAGUUGUACACACUGUUUGCAAUUCCAAUUGGUAAUUUUAAAAGUUCCUCAAUUCCAAGCGUCCUUAACAAGGAGCAAAAUAGGUUAAUUUUAUUUGGACAAGUUGCUAUCAUUAAAUACACCAUCUCACCAUCUGAGAGGUGAUUUUUGCAUUUCCUACUCCUUAACAAAAGUGUGUAAUGUACUUAAUUUAGAAACUUCAAUGACUUGAUUUUUUUAAAAGGCUGUGAAUUUUUCUCCUUGGAGGGAGAUCCCACCUUGGUUACUUAAAGUCCCCUUGUGCCAGGUGAGGGCUUGUGAAUCAUUUUUCCCUCCAUUUGCAGAAGAGCUGUCUGUGUUGUGACCAGGAUCAAGGGAAAGUGAUCGGAGAGUUAUUUUUUUGUUUGUUUGUGCAAAUUAUUUUCUAUAUUUAACUCUUAAGCAAGCAUUAAUGUAUAACCAGAAAUUUUAAGAUGCAUGUUAUUGUAAGAACAGCAUAGUGGUGAUUUUGAGGUCUUUUUCUGAACAUAAAUGGCACAUUUUAAACUUCAAGUCUUCAAAGUGCCUAAAGAUUAUUUAAUUAUCCCUCAACUGAUUUCUUGAGCCAUAUAUAUAUUUCCUACUUUAAAUGUUUGUUGCGGAAUCGCUAGCCUUCCUUUCAAAGAAGUACCCCCAGAAUUAAUGGCAUGAUUAUAGAACACAGUAGAAUCUGUUAACAUAAAGACUGAAGAAGAUAUUUUCAUUGUUAAUCUUUGUGAACAAGGGCUCUGCCCUGUUGGAUCUAAGUAUUUCCAUGCACAACUUGGUAAAAACCAUAUUGCUGCUGUUUCUAAGCCCUCCCCUCACCAACCAAAUUAUCAUGUUCAGCAUUGUAGAGGCAGAAAUAAGAAAAUAGUCAUAUUUGGGGAUUUUGUCUUGUUUUUUCUCUCAAUGAUAAUUUCCCACCUUGUGUCUUUUAGUUAUUAUGUAUGCAAAUUUAGAAUUAUUAAAAUGUUUUAUUUUU